ACUCUUCUUUUACCGCUCUGGAAUUUUCCUUCCUCUGCCGUUAUAUUGGUCGCACCACUUUCUUGCAAAAUAAACCCGAAUUCCAACUUCCACACAACAACAGAAUUUCCCACCCUCUCUCUCAUUUUCUCAUCAACUUUCCCGAUAAACAAUCACGUCGUUAACGGUAAGUUAAGAAGAUGAGCCGAGUAGCAGAUUCGAAUGUGUUCGAUGCAAUGAGUCAAUUGUUCAGUAUACCGGAGAGCAUCGAGAAAUUCAUGAUCCAUUCGCGAUCUAAUGAAGCUAAUGAGAACAAAGGCGUAGGUGCCAUUCCAGCCGAUAUCUUGGAUACCUCUAAAGAGUACAUUUUUUAUAUGGAUGUGCCUGGCCUGUCUAAAACUGAUAUUCAGGUGACUGUUGAAGAUGAGAGUACGCUGGUGAUUAAAAGUGGAGGGAAGAGGAAACGCGAAGAUGGGGAAGAAGAAGGCUGCAAGUAUAUAAGGCUUGAGAGGAGAGCACAGCAGAAGCUAAUGAGGAAGUUCCGGUUGCCUGAAAAUGCUAAUGUGUCCGCUAUUAGUGCUAAGUGUGAAAAUGGGGUUUUGACUGUUGUAGUUGAGAAGCUUCCUCCACCACCCAAGCCUAAGAAAGUUGAGGUCACUGUCUCUUAAUUGAAGAGUCUUUCUCUGGUUUUGAAUUUCUUGUUUUGGUAGAUGGAUUUAGGGAUUCAGUGUUGGAGUUGUAAAUUUGUAAUGUAAAAACUUUUUGGCUGGUUUCAAAAUGGCAAAAUUGUGAAGUUGAAAUGUACUUCAAUGCACUUCAGUUAUCAUGGUUUGUGGUUGUUUUGGUCA